GUUGCAAAUUGAACGUUGCACAAAAGGCCAAAGAAAUGGGCGUCAGAAAUGGCAGCUCGGACUCCCCCUCCCCUGAACGAGUGAGAAACGGCGGCUAAAACCAAACCGGAAUGUGCAAGAUUUACACAGUUACCACAUGACCCCGUCUCUGGACGUCUCUGAAAGUCUCUAUCUCUGAGACCCACAAUCGGAGAGGUGCUAAUUGAUAGAAUGUGUAACAUUCUUCUUCUCUCGAGAAAGUAGAUGGCUUCUAGCUCUGGGAUCGAGCCGUUUUAUUGCGAAAUCAAAAAGAAAAUUCGUGAGUUAGAAAAAGAACACUAUUUAGUAUCGACCUGCCAGAGCUGGCAGUAACAACGCCCUGGGGGAAUCGCUCUAGGAAAAUCAAAGAAAAAAAAAAAAUACAAAAUAUAAAAGGAAUCAAAUGAAAUACAGAAUAGCUACCGUUACGGUGGGCGGCCUCCUCUGCCUCUGCCAGAUGCUGCACAUGGCCAUGGCCUUGGCCCCCCUGGGCAGCCUUUCGAAGCACGAGCGGAGCAAGAGAUCGCCCAUACCCUGGCUGAUCUUUCCCACAACAUCGCCCACACGUGUCAUGUUCAUUGGCGGCAUUGGCUUGCCCUUGGAGGAUCUCAACUAUGAGGCCGUGACCACGGGCUAUGUACUCAAAGUGGAGUACUGGCUGCCCAUCACGCCGGACGAUUUGAGGACACCCACAGCUCUGCCCAUCACGCAGGUGGCGACGCCAGGCGUCACCGGGGCGCGCAGGCAGCGGAGGCCCAUGUUCGAGAACUUCCUGGUCGGGGUGGACGAGCUGGGCAAGAGCACCAGGAAGAUCCUGACGAGAACGAACAGGGUGCUGAGCAGCUACCGCUGGACUGUCUACAAGGGACUGGAGGGUCUGGCCGAUCGCCUGGGCUAUCAGGGCAGGAUCUGUGUCCUCAAGAGCAUUUGCGAGGCCGCCGAGGAGCCCUUCCACUUUGCCAACGGCCUCCUGGCCGAUCUCUUUCACAUUCUGCUGUCUCCCUCCUCUUCGGUGGACAAGCUGUCGGAGCAUGCGGAUAACGAGUACUACUAUGCGGAGAAGAUGGGCCAGUCCGGCGCCGGCUGCGAUCGGGUGUUCAAGGAGUGCCGCCUCAGCCUGCUGCAUCACUUCAGCGAGCUCCACCACAACUUGAAUAAGGUCUUGUUUUGAGGGUAAUAAACCAAAA